CGGUUGGACUCAAACCCCGAUCUCCAGGGGGGUUGAUUGAUGUCAGCUGACCGUACAGGGCCGCUCCCUGCUGGACUGGGACGCCGGGAAGGAUUGCAUCACAAAAUCUAGGUCACCGGCUCUGAGUCAUUCGAGGAAAAGCCGCCCACAAUUGUCAAAGAUCAUUUCUAAGGCCGCUGGACUCGGGAACACUUGUUGACACUGACCCAUAAAAGGAAGAAACUCUAAGGAGUGAUCAACCAUCAUGCCAGUCCAGCUCUUUGAGGGCGAGGAUCACGCUGCCCUUUACCAGAAAUACCGGUUCCCUCCAUCUGCAGAGGUCCUAGAUGUGAUCUUCUCGUUUUUGGGAGAAAAGAAGCAGAAACCAUACGAGCUGGCUGUGGAUGUGGGCUGUGGAUCGGGCCAGAGCACGCGGGUCCUGGCACCUCAUUUUGAGCGGGUCCUGGGGACGGACAUCAGCGAGGCCCAGAUCCAACAGGCUGGAAAAGCCCCCAACCCCAACAACGUCUCCUACAGGGUCUGCCCUGCCGAAGACCUCCCCCUGGAGGAUACAUCAGUGGACCUGGUUACCGCAUUCACAGCCGCUCACUGGUUUGACACGGAGCGCUUCCUGCAGGAGGUGACGCGCGUCCUGAAGCCUCAGGGCUGCUUGGCCCUGAGCACCUACCUCCCGGGGAUGAGCCUGCACUUCGGGGACCGCUCAGAGCAGCUCACCCAAAUCUUCAGGGAGGUGCAGGAUUUUCUCUCCAAGUACGCCAGUGAAAAAGUAAAUCUCGUCCACUCUGAGUACCAAGAGAUAUUUGACUCGGUGCCUUUUCCAGACAAGAAGAGGAUUCCCACAAUAUCCAGUCGAGUUUCCUUUUCGGUGGCUCACCUGAUGGGGUUUAUCCAGUCCUUUUCCAUGUUCCAGACCUUCCUAGAGGUGAAUUCAGAGGCAGCAGAAGAGUUCCUGAAGGCGACUCAAGAGAGAUCCUGCAUCCUAAGAGCUGAAAUUGUUUGGUGUGGAAAUGAAGAGCCAGCCAGCACUACUCAGGAAAGGCUUUAUUUCAGCCAUAGAAUGUUCUAUUCCAGAAGAACGGAGGAUGAAGGAAAAUCAGAUGAUUGUUAGGUUUGGGGAAAAUCCAGCUACUGGUUAAGACGAAACUGUUCUACACCCAAGUCUCAGUCUUGAGCCUCUGGUCCAGGAUAUAGGAGGGUAAGAAAAGAAAAUUUGAAGUGAAAGAGGAGGGCUUUUGCAUCAUAACCAAUUCUGGAAAAACCUAGCUUCAUGCACAACAGCCUCUCCUGAGAAGAUCUCCCAUCAUGGGCCUUCAUGGCCCUGGGAUUAACAGGGGGAAAGUAAAUUGAUGCAAAAUUCUCCUAUUGGUACAUCAACUCCCAUCCUUGCUACCCUGGUCUUUGGGUGAUGGGAGGGGGGAAACCUCAAAGAAAUGCUGCAAAAGCAAAGGUGCAGAAUCUCUUGAAAAAUCUGGUCCAGCUGUCCAAGAAAUUCACAAUAGGUCUUUAGGAUGGCAUUUCUGGACCAGGAGAUUAUCCUCAUUAGACAAUCUGGGAUAGUUCCCUUAUGAGCCUUCUGGUUUUUAGUGGGUUCAUUCAUUCAUUCAUUUGUAUUUAUUGAGCACUUACUGUGUGCCAAACACUGUACUAAUUGCUUGGGUGAAUAAUAUACAACAAUGAAAUGAGACAUUCCCUUCCCACAAAGAGUUCCAAUUUGAGCACUUAGACCCAUUUUCCAUGUUAACCAGUUGUCCAAUUUUAUAGGGAAUUAUCCUUCAAAAUUCUAUAGUGUUAUAUCAGGAUUACUAUUUUAAACCUGUAUGAUUAAAGCACAGCAGAGAUAUGUCCCUGAUCUUCUCUAAAUCAUGACUCUCCAACUCAAUUUUCAAUGGAAUGUUAUUUUUCUCUCAUUCAAUUAAUAUCAAACUCGACUAAAAGAUGCAAUCCAUCGCAGUGGCAUUUCAAAAGUUAAUAAAAUAGUUAAAAUGAAAUAAAUGUAAAACCUAGCUAUAAACAGCACAAUAAAAUAGUUUAAAAUGAAAAUUAAUCCUAAAGUCACUAACAUAUAAGUCAUGGACAUAUAAAUUCUUACAACACCAAUUUCAUUGAAUGUAGAUGUAUUGAAUUUUUUAGAAUAAAAAAUACCAUAAAUUUGAAGCCCCAAAAUGGCGAGGUUUAUCUUUGCAUUUUUGGCAUGAAACUCUACUUAAAGCUCACCUCCUCCAAGAGGCUUUCCCAGACUGAGUUCCCCCCUUUUU